UUCUUGGCUAAGAUGAGCACCCACCACACCUCCUUUCCUUUUGACCCUGAGCCGCGAGUCCGGAGUACGUUGAAGAAGGUCUUUGGGUUUGACUCUUUUAAGACGCCUUUACAGGAGAGUGCGACCAUGGCUGUAGUAAAAGGUAACACUGACGUCUUUGUAUGCAUGCCCACAGGGGCAGGAAAAUCCCUGUGCUAUCAGCUACCUGCACUGUUGGCCGAGGGCAUCACCAUUGUAGUCUCUCCUCUCAUUGCUUUGAUUCAGGACCAAGUGGACCACUUGCUAGCCCUAAAGGUACGAGUAAGUUCCCUGAACUCGAAGCUCUCUGCACAGGAAAGGAAGGAACUGCUUGCUGACCUGAAGCAAGAAAAGCCCCAGACCAAGAUUCUGUACAUCACCCCGGAAAUGGCAGCUUCAUCCUCCUUCCAGCCCACCCUGAACUCCCUGGUGUCCCGCUACCUGCUGUCUUACUUGGUGGUGGAUGAAGCUCAUUGUGUUUCCCAAUGGGGGCAUGACUUUCGUCCUGACUACUUGCGUCUGGGUGCCCUGCGCUCCCGCCUAGGACAUGCCCCGUGUGUGGCUCUGACUGCCACAGCCACCCCACAGGUCCAAGAGGACGUGUUUGCUGCCCUGCACCUGAAGCAACCAGUUGCCAUCUUCAAGACUCCCUGCUUCCGGGCCAAUCUCUUCUAUGAUGUGCAAUUCAAGGAACUGAUUUCUGAUCCCUAUGGGAACCUGAAGGACUUCUGCCUUAAGGCACUUGGACAGAAGGCUGAUAAAGGGUUGUCUGGCUGCGGCAUUGUCUACUGCAGGACUAGAGAGGCUUGUGAACAGCUGGCAAUAGAGCUUAGCUGCAGGGGCGUGAACGCCAAGGCUUACCAUGCAGGGCUGAAGGUUUCUGAAAGAAUGCUGGUGCAGAACGAGUGGAUGGAGGAGAAGGUCCCUGUAAUUGUUGCAACCAUUAGUUUUGGGAUGGGAGUGGAUAAAGCCAACGUCAGGUUUGUUGCCCAUUGGAAUAUUGCCAAGUCUAUGGCUGGGUACUACCAGGAAUCUGGCCGAGCCGGCAGGGACGGGAAACCUUCCUGGUGCCGUCUCUAUUACUCCAGGAAUGACCGGGACCAAGUCAGCUUCCUGAUUAGGAAGGAAGUAGCCAAACUCCAGGAAAAGAGAGGGAACAAAGCAUCUGAUAAAGCCAGUAUCAUGGCCUUUGAUGCCCUGGUGACCUUCUGUGAAGAACUGGGGUGCCGCCAUGCCGCCAUUUCCAAGUACUUCGGGGAUGCACCGCCUGCCUGUGCUAAAGGCUGCGACCACUGCCAGAACCCUACGGCCGUGCGGAGGCAGCUGGAGGCCUUGGAGCGCAGCAGCACCUGGAGCAAGACCUGCAUCGGGCCCUCCCAGGGGAAUGGCUUUGACCCUGAGCUGUACGAGGGAGGCCGCAAGGGCUACGGGGGCUUCAGCAGGUACGAUGAAGGUUCUGGAGGCAGCGGGGACGAGGGCAGAGAUGAGGCUCACAAGCGGGAGUGGAACCUCUUCUAUCAGAAGCAGAUGCAGCUGCGCAAGGGUAAAGACCCCAAGAUAGAAGAAUUUAUACCUCCAGAUGAGAACUGUCCCCUGAAAGAGGCUUCUAGCAGGAGGAUCCCCAGGCUGACUGUGAAGGCGCGGGAGCACUGCCUGGGGCUUCUAGAGGAGGCACUGAGUAGUAACCGCCAGUCCACGCAUACCACUGAUGGAGCUGACCUCCGAGCCCAGGCCGUGGAGCUGGAACACGAGAUCUUCCGGAACACUAAGGUGGCCAACCUAUACAAGGCCAGCGUGCUGAAGAAGCUAGCCGAGAUUCACAGAGCCUCCAAGGAUGGGCAACCUUAUGACGUGGGAGGCAGUGCCAAGAGCUGCAGUGCCCAGGCUGAGCCCCCAGAGCCCAACGAGUAUGACAUUCCACCAGCCUCCCAUGUGUACUCGCUCAAACCCAAGCGGGUGGGAGUUGGUUUUCCCAAAGGCUCUUGCCUGUUCCAGACAGCCAUGGAACUGAUGGAGACAACUCAAAUCAGGGAGCAAGCCCCACGGCCUGAGCGGGCAGGCGAGCACGAGCCCCCAAGCCCACCCUGUGGCCUCCUGGAUGGGGACAGGAGUGAGCCCCUUCCUGGACCCAUAGGGGAGGUCCCUGGAGGCAGCGCUCACUGUGGGGGGCCCUCCCCUGAGAAGAAGGCAAAAAGUUCCUCCAGGGGCAGUUCCCUUGCCAAGGGCCGGGCCAGCAAGAAACAGCAGCUCCUAGCCGCGUCAGCCCACAAGGAUUCUCAGAGCAUCGCCCGCUUCUGCCAAAGGGUUGAAAGCCCAGCUCUGCUGGCAUCAGCCCCAGAGGCAGAAGGUGCCCACCCCUCCUGUGAGGGGGUUCAGGGACCCCCAAUGGCCCCAAAGACGUGCACAGGGGAGGAAGAUGGAGCCGGGGAACAUUCGCCUGCCCUUCCCCAGACUGAGGAGUGCCUCAGGGAGAGGCCAAGUACCUGCCCGCCCAGAGACCAGGGGAGCCCUGAAGCCCAGCCCACCCCCGCAAAGGACACACAGAAGGGCAAGCGACCCCAAUCCGAGCAGGAGAACCCAGAGAGCCAGGCUCAGAAGAGGCUGCGCCCCUCGGCCAAGCCCUCCAUCUUAGCUGAGGUCAAGAGUGGCAUCUUGACCAGUGAUCAGGGCACCAUGAAUCCCACAGCUCAAGACCCCUGCCAGCUCUCAGCUCCUGGCAUCCCCUUGAAGGAGGCUGCAAGUGUUGUGGUCAAGUGCCUGACCCCUUUCUACAAGGAGGGCAAGUUUGCUUCCAAGGAUUUGUUUAAAGGCUUUGCCCGCCACCUCUCACAUUUGCUGGCUCAGAAGACCUUUCCUGGAAGGAGUGUGAAAGAAGAGGCCCAGAACCUCAUCAGGCUCUUCUUCCAUGGCCGGGCCCGCUGUGAGAGUGAAGAUGACUGGCAUGGCCUGUGUGGCCUCCAGAGAUGACCAACUGCUGGCUGGGCAGGGCCCGCGUCCUCCCCCAGACUCUCGCCUGAGCCUUGCCUGCAGCUGCCAGGGCCGUCGUCUUCUCAGUCCUUCCACCUGCCAACCAUACUUGGCUUUGGUGAUGGCCCCAGAGACCUCCUGAAUCCCGGUCAGAGGUCAGCCACCUUUCUUUCUGCUUGCAAAGCUGGUGGACCUUUCUCAGAGCCUCCCUGCCUCUCCUGGUCCUCAUGGCUGAGUUCUCCGGGACACAUGUCCAGGGCAGAAGGCAGGGGGUGGUGGAGCUGCUGCCAGAGGAGGGGAAGGAAGAGUGGCUCCUCCACACAUUUAAGUCAAGACAAGGCCCACCUGUCCAAGGUAUUGGGACCUACCCAGGAACCUCAGGUCCUCGCCCAUUCCCCCAUCCGUUACAGUGCCAGCUUCCAGCCAUGCCCAAGUUAGAGCUGUGGCAGGGUAGUGGCAGCCAGGCCCCGUUCCCUGCUCAGCUUCUGCUUAGGAAGGCCAGGCCUGACCAAGAAGUUUAGGAGAGGAAUGAAGUCAUUCUACUGCAUUUGCACGCACACACAAAGCCCUUUUUAUUUCCUCAGCAGUUGUUUCUCCCAGGCCUGGGUGAGCCUGGGGCCGGGAGGGCAUCUCCCUCAGACUGGGCAACCUCAGAUGCCCCAGCCGAGUUCCUGCAGUCCCCUUUGGGCCCAGGCCAUCCUGGAGAGGGUCUAUUUUCUUUCCCUGUUGGUGACAUGAUAGCAGUCCCUGCCCUCGUGGCCUGCACGUGGGCCAGCUGUGCUGUGCUGUGGCAGUUUCUGGAACAGUGAUCUGAUAGCAUCCCAGGCAGACCAUCGGGGUAAGACUUGGGCCGGGGAAGGCCUCUUCCUGGUCUCCACCCCGCCCGUGCUCCUCUCAGUUGAUGCUGGGCCACUCAGUGCAAGAGGCAUUGCUGUCCAUCAGGAAGACAGUGGUAUAUAACAGCUCCUGGGCCUGCCCAGAAAGAGGCCUGUUACAGGAGGGCUCCCCAACCCACCCCUCGUCUUUGUCCUGCCCACAGCACUUUGGAGCAGCGGGCAUCAGCCUGGGCUCCUGCUGCAUGCCAUGCCGGGGCAAGGCCCUCACAUUCACCUUCCCAAGGUGGUUGGAGGCCUGGCCACUCACCUGCGGCAGCUCAAACCAGAUGGUCUGGGGGUUGUCAGCCGAGCCAUAGUUGAGUUCCAGGCCAGGGGGCCCCUUCUCCUCCAGCGGACUUAGCAGGUGGACCCGCUGCAGGCUCUUCAGGGCAAUGCGGCAGCACAGGUUCUGGGGGCAGCAGAGAACAGAGCUGGGCUCCUCUCCUGGGAAGGGUCAUUGUGGGUGAGGCCGAGGGUCCCCAGGCUAGUGCUGGGGCUAGAGCCUUGCCCACCUGGGAACUGGGGUCCAUGAGGAUGAGAUGCUGGCGGUUGAGUCCCAGUAGGCCGGAUCCAGGCAGGGCCUGCAUGCUCACUCGCAGCACCACGUAGACAGUGUGGCCAAAGAGAGGCAGCUGGCGCACAGCCUCUGUGGGUGGGGAGGAUGCAGGCAGGAAUUCUGACUGUUGGGGCCCUGGAACUCGCAAUGCUUGGCCCCCCAGGUCAGCUGAGAGGGACAGGGCAGGUGCAGACCCGUCCUUCCUCCUCUACCUGCAUUCCUCCCCUCUUGGCCUCCAGCCCCCACCCCGGUAGUCCCCUAGCCCCAGACCCACCAAUAAAGCUGAUCUGUGCUUC